CUAAAAACACACAUUCUCAUAUUUUCAGUAUAAAUUCGUAGCGUUCUAACUAAAACACACAUUCUCAUAUUUUCUUUACACAGAUCAGUUGGACGAAACGCGAUUAUCAAGAGGAGACUUAUGGCUGAGGUGGCAGUGGCACUUUUACCGUUUGCAGUCGAGAGGCUUUGGAACCUCCUUGUCCGAGAAGCUGAGCGAUUUCAAGGAGUUGAAGAGCAGUUCGAGGGAUUAAAAAAAGAUGUGGAUAUGUUAAGGUGCUUUUUGAAAGAUGCAGAGGCCAAGAAACAUGCAAGUGAAAUGGUGAAAAAAACUAUCAAAGACAUCAAAGAAAUUGUUUAUGAUGCAGAAGAUGUCGUGGAAACCUUUCUUCUGAAGAAAGAACUCAAAGAAUCAAGCAGCAGCAGCGUGAAAAGAUUUGCAUGCGUUACUAUAACACGCAUGGGGCUUGGGUCUGAUAUGAGAACCAUAUGUAAGAGGAUCUCUGAGGUGAUCCGUGAUAUGCAGAAUCUUGGCGUACAAAAGGUCAUUGUCGAUGACGAACAUAUGCAGGCUCUACAGGUAAGAGAAAGAGAAAUGCGACAAACAUUUUCUAGAGAUGAUGAAGAGCAACCUUUUGUUGGGAUAGAGAGAAAUGUUGAGAAAUUGGUUGGCUAUUUGGUGGAGGAGGAUAGCAGUCAAGUGGUUUCUAUAACUGGGAUGGGCGGUCUUGGUAAAACUACACUCGCAAGACAAGUUUUCAACCAUAAGAAAAUAAAAAGUCAUUUUCCAGCAUUGGCGUGGGUGUGUGUUUCACAACAGUUUGAAAGGAAGUGUGUCUGGCAGACAAUCUUGAGACAACUCAGGCCAGAAUGCGAUGUGUCAAAGAUGAUGGAAGACGAACUUCUGGAGAAGAUUGUUAGAGUGUUGGAAACACAAAAGGCUUUGAUCGUCAUUGAUGAUAUUUGGAGAGAAGGAGACUGGGACCUAAUUAAGCCUGUGUUUCUGCCCAAAAAAGGAUGUAAGGUUUUACUUACUUCUCGCAAUGAGGAAGUGGCAUUACAUGCAGGCGAACAAUGUGACCCCAUCAAACUAGAAUGCCUAACUUUUGAAGAAAGUUGGGAUCUUUUUCAAAGGAUAGCAUUUCCUAUUCAAGACACAGCUGAAUUUAAGAUUGAAGAAGACAUGAAAGAACUCGGUAUAGAGAUGCUUAAACAUUGUGGAGGCCUACCAUUGGCUAUUAAGGUGUUAGGCGGGAUGUUACACAAGAAGUACACAUUGCAACAGUGGAAAACGAUACGUGAGAAUAUCAAAGCUCCCAUCUUUAGAGGAAGUGGCACUGACGAAAGAAAUAUCAAUAAGGAGGUUUACGAUGUUUUGUAUCUGAGUUUCGAAGAGCUGCCUGCUUAUUUGAAGUAUUGCUUCCUUUACCUUGCUAGUUUUCCAGAAGAUUAUGCAAUACCUGUGGAAAAUUUGUCAUAUUACUGGGCUGCAGAAGGAAUGCUAAGGCCAAUGGAUUUCGAUGGAGCGAGCAUUCGAGAGGUUGCAGAUAUAUGCAUAGAAGAAUUGGUGAAGCGAAACAUGGUUAUUUCUAAAAGAGACAUUGAUACUUCAAGAUUUGAAACACUUCAGUUGCAUGACAUGAUGAGAGAAGUUUGUUUACGCAAAGCCGAAGAAGAGAAUUUCGUACAAACCAUUGAUACAUCAAUUGCAAAUUCGAAAUCUCCUUGUAAAUCUCGCAGACUUGCUCUUACAGGUUGGCAUCAGGAACCACCAUUUAAUGUCGAUAUGGAGGUGAAGAAUCCAAGCCUUAGAACUCUCUUGCUUAUCGGGAAUGGAGAAUGGAAGGUAACAAGUUUAUUCUUCCCAAGGCAUAAGCUGAUGAGAGUGUUAGAUCUUCCUUGGGUCGAGUUUGAAGGAGGGAAGGUACCCUCUAGCAUCGGGAAACUCAUCCACUUGAGAUAUCUUAGUUUAAGGAGGUCACAUGCAACUCGACUGCCUUCUUCUAUGCGGAAUCUGAAGAAGCUGCUCUAUUUAAACCUGGAUGUGAUUGGUGAAGUCUACAUGCCCAAUAUCUUGAAAGAGAUGCGAGAAUUGACAUUUUUGUCUUUGCCGGUGAUAUUUCAUGAAAAGACAAAUUUGGAAUUGGGAAAUCUAGUCAAGCUGGAGACCUUGAAGUAUUACUGCACAAAACAUGGGAGAGUGACGGAUCUACAGGGUCCGGCUCUGGGUAUGCAACGGCUCAGAUCUCUCUUUAUCUAUAUUAUGGACGAGAGGUAUACUAUGGAAACUCUAUCUUCAUCUCUAAGUAAACUUUCACACUUGGAGAGUCUUACCAUAGACAGCAGGGGCAGGUUUUAUAGACCCACGAAUGAUGAUGAAAAAGGAUUUGUUUGGGAUUUUGUUAAUCUCAAGCAGCUGAAGUUGGAGAUAUAUAUGCCAAGGUUACCUGAUGCCCAACGCUUUCCUUCUCACCUUAGAACCAUAUCUCUACGCCAGUGCCGUUUGGAGAAGGAUCCAAUGCCGAUUCUAGAGAAAUUGCUUCACUUGAAAGAGAUUGAAUUGUGGAAUGCUUCUUUCAUUGGGAGGAGAAUGGAUUGCUCAAGGCACGGAUUUCCUCAAUUGCAGAAGCUACUUUUUAAGGGAUUAGAUGAGUGGGAAGAGUGGAUAUUAGAAGAAGGCUCCAUGCCCCUUCUCCAUACUCUCAAUAUUACCUUUUGUCCAAACUUAAAGGAGCUUCCUGAUGGGCUGCGAUUCAUCACUUCCUUGAAGAAUCUUACUGUUGAAUACUCAAGUGCUAAAUUGUCGGUAAGAUACUUUCCUUUUCGCCUUACAACCAUAUCUCUAACUAAGUGCUGUUUGGAGGAGAAUCUGAUGCCAGUUUUAGAGAGGUUGCUUCACCUAAAAAUUAUGUAUUUAGGGAAAGGAUCUUUAUAUGGGAAGAGAUUGGUUUGUUCGCGGGAUGGGUUUCCUCAACUGGAAAAUCUUGAUUUUAAGGGAAUAGAUGAGUGGGAAGAGUGGAUAGUAGAAGAAGGCUCCAUGCCCCUUCUUCAUACUCUCGAUAUUAAAGGUUGUCCAAAUUUAAAGGAGCUUCCUGAUGGGCUGCGAUUCAUCACUAACUUGGAGCAUCUGAGUGUUGAUGAUAUGGGAGAUGAAUUCAAUUUGAGAUUGUCGGAAGGAUACUUGCCUUCUCACCUUACAACCAUAUCUCUAAGUGGUUGUCCUUUUACAGAGGACCCAAUGCCGAUUCUAGAGAAGUUGUUUCACUUGAAAAAGAUUACUUUAGGAGAUAGAUCUUUCUGUGGGAGGAGAAUGAUUUGCUCCAAGGAUGGGUUUCCUCAAUUGCAGAAGUUAACAUUUUCGGGAUUAGAGGAUUGGGAAGAGUGGAUAGUAGAAGAAGGCUCCAUGCCCCUUCUCCAUACUCUUGAUAUUUUGGUUUGUCCAAAGUUAAAGGAGCUUCCUGAUGGGCUGCAAUUCAUCGCUUCUUUGAAGAGCGUGACCUGUUAUGGUAUGGAAAAGAGAUGGGAGAAGAGACUGUGGAAAGGAGGAAAAGAUUACUACAAAGUCCAACACAUCCCUUCUGUUAAAUUCAUUAGUGAGUGAAACAGCAGCUGAAGGAGACUCCCAGCAAUUACGGAACUAUCAGAGGAGUGGAUGAUGCGGUGAAGCUGUUCGAUGAAGUGUCUUACUGAGGACACUUGAUCUCCUGUACUGCUUUUAGUUUUUCUAGAGAGAAAAAGAUAUGUAUUUAGGGAAUUGAAGCUGUUCCACGAAGGUUCUCUUGUUGACUGAGAGAUGGAUAUAUGUUAAGAUUCUUAUAUUUAUUAGUAUGUAUUCUCUUUAUUUUGCUCAAAAAAAAAAAAAUUAGUACUCUCUUUACAUU